GCUCAUAUCAUAAUAGUAAUAGAAAAAUCAAACUAGAAUUACUGAAAAUAAUUCAGUAUAAUUCUCUUCUCAAACAUUUUUCAUCUCAUAUUCAAGAACAUUCACAUUUAUCAAAUUGUUUAUCUUUAAUAAUACCAAAAAAGGCUACCAGCAGUCUUGCAAUUCAAGAUGAAUUUAACGAAAGAGAUUAUCAGGAAUUCUUAUUUAUGUCUAAAAAUAUAAAAGAAAGCACAAGAGCAGGUUCAGAAUCCUUUCCUGAUGCUUUUCUUAAUCUGAAAAAAGUGAAUAUAAACUUUAUGGAAAAAGUAAUAAUUUUAUUAGCUGAAUAUUACCAUAAUGUAUAUGAUAAAGAUUUUGUAUUAUUGUCAGAGAUUCAUCUCUCUGAUACUAUACUGAUACUUCUGAAGGUACAUGUUUAUGGGCAGUUACAACUUGAUGCUGAAAUUUUCAGAUCAAUGUAUUCAAAAGGGCAUACUAAAUCAGUUAAGAUUUUAGUAUAA